UAAAAGCCUAACAGCUAUCAGAACUGCAUAAUUGCAAAAGUCUCCGGCAGAAGUUUCUAUAUAAACCGACCCGUUCUUCACAAGGAAAAACCAACACAAACACACCAACCAAGUCGAAGCCUUCUUCAAUUAAUGGCCCCUCCAAGCCUAACCAAGAACGCUAUAGAAGAAAUAGGCUUCCCUGAUAGCCAGCAGCCAUUAUCAAUAUCUUUAGAAGCCUCAACUUUUGUUGCUAAUGGCCAUCCAAUUCUUACUCAAGUCCCUCAAAACAUCAUCUCCACUCCAUCACCAUCUCCACUAAUUCUCUCAUCAAACAAGAACAAGAACACGGUCGGUUGCUUUGUCGGGUUCGAUGCAAAUGAACCCAGAAGCCACCAUGUCAUGCCCAUCGGCAAGCUCAUCGGCAUCAGGUUCAUGAGUAUUUUCAGGUUCAAAGUAUGGUGGACCACUCACUGGGUCGGAAAUAGUGGAAAAAACGUAGAACAUGAGACACAGAUGAUGAUCUUGGACAAAAAUGAAACUGGUCGUCCUUAUGUUUUGCUACUUCCAGUUCUGGAAAAAUCUUUCAGAGCUUCUCUUAACCCUGGGGUCGAUGAUGACGUGGACAUACGUGUAGAAAGUGGGUCCACAAAAGUACGUGAGUCCAAAUUCAGAUUUUGUCUCUACAUGCAUGCAGGUGAUGAUCCGUACAGUCUAGUUAACGAUGCAAUGAAGGUGAUAAGGGUGCAUUUAGGUACAUUUAAGCUUCUUGAAGAGAAAACGACGCCGGAUAUAGUGGACAAAUUCGGCUGGUGCACUUGGGAUGCAUUUUACAUUAAUGUCCAUCCUAAGGGCAUAUUGGAAGGAGUGAAGGGUCUAGUGGAGGGUGGGUGUCCUCCAGGUUUAGUCCUUAUUGAUGAUGGGUGGCAAUCCACAUGUCGUGAUGAAGAUGAUCCUACCACUGAUGAUCAAGAGGGUACUGAUAGAACUGAAGCAGGGGAACAAAUGCCAUGUAGAUUAAUCAAAUUUGAGGAGAAUUAUAAAUUUAGAGAAAUGGGCAGUUUUAUUAAGGAGCUUAAAAAAGAGUUUACGAGCAUAAAAAAUGUGUAUGUUUGGCAUGCUCUUUGUGGAUAUUGGGGUGGAAUUAGGCCUAAUGUGCCUGGUUUGCCUCAAGCUAAGAUUAUUGCUCCUAAAUUGUCUGAAGGCUUGAAGAUGACUAUGGAAGAUCUUGCUGUGGAUAAAAUUGUAAGUAAUGGUGUAGGAUUGGUUCCUCUAGAGUCGGUCCAUGAGAUGUAUGAAGGACUUCACUCUCAUCUUGAAUCUGUGGGGAUUGAUGGCGUCAAAGUUGAUGUGAUUCAGUUGUUAGAAAUGGUAUCCGAGGAUUUUGGGGGCAGAGUUGAGCUUGCUAAAGCUUAUUACAAAGCACUAACAGCUUCAGUAAAGAAACAUUUCAAAGGAAAUGGAGUCAUUGCUAGCAUGCAGCACAGCAAUGACUUCAUGUUCCUCGGAACAGAGACCAUAGCACUCGGAAGAGUUGGGGAUGAUUUUUGGUGCAAUGACCCAUCAGGAGAUCCGAAUGGGACAUAUUGGCUACAAGGUUGUCACAUGGUGCACUGUGCCUACAAUAGCUUAUGGAUGGGCAACUUCAUUCAACCAGAUUGGGACAUGUUCCAAUCUACUCAUCCUUGUGCUCAACUCCAUGCCGCCUCAAGGGCUAUCUCUGGCGGACCCGUUUAUGUAAGCGAUUCUGUCGGCAACCACAACUUCAAGUUGCUUAGACGCUUAGUAUUGCCUGAUGGGUCUAUCUUACGGUGCCGACACUAUGCACUUCCGACUAAAGACUGUUUAUUUGAAGACCCUUUACAUGAUGGCAAGACUAUGCUCAAGAUUUGGAACCUCAACAAGUAUACAGGUGUUCUCGGACUGUUCAAUUGUCAAGGAGGAGGCUGGUGUCCUAUUUCCCGGAGAAUCAAAAGUGCAAACCAAUUUUCACUUCCAGUGACAUGUUUGGCAAGUCCUAAAGAUAUCGAAUGGAACAGAGGAAAGAACCCAAUACCCAUCAAAGGAGUGAAUAUUUUUGCAGUUUAUAGACUCCAAGAAAAGAAACUGAACCUCCUCAAGUCAUCAGAUAGCUUAGAGAUUUCACUUAAACCACUAAAUUAUGAGCUGCUUGUAGUUUCACCUGUGAUCAUAUUACCAAGAAGAUUGAUCCAAUUUGCUCCUAUUGGGCUCGUGAACAUGCUAAAUUCUGGUGGUGCAAUCCAGUCUCUAGCUAUGGAUGAUAAUGAAAAUUUGGUGAGAGUUGGGGUUAAGGGAAGAGGAGAAAUGAGGGUUUUUGCAUCGGAGAAACCAGUGGGUUGCAAGAUUGAUGGGGUUAGUGUUGAGUUUAGGUAUGAUGAGCAAAUGGUGAUGAUCCAAGUUCCGUGGCCUAAUUGUUUAACAUUGUCUGUGGUUGAGUACUCAUUUUAAAAGUGUUGAAAAGAAAAGUAUAUGAAAAUGGAAAUGAUGGUGUUUAACUGGCAAGUGCUGUAACUGUAAUAAAGCUUCUUUUUUCUUGCUUCA